AUGUGCCAGACGCCAACUCCAAGCCCCAAGCCAGGGAGCGAGACAAGAGCUGUGGAGCUCAACCUUGGCAGCACAGCCAGUGACGACGCCAGCUGGGAAUGGGACAUGGACAUGGAAUGCCAUGGAUGGGCUGAGUUUUGUGUCAACGUCCUUGGACUGUGGCUAGUGAGGGGUGGGCCAGGAGGAGCACAGUCUCAAUGA